AUGUCGGAGAUCACAAGCCUGAAGCAGGAAGAGGUAACGUUAGGUGAGGUUUCAGAGAAGAUAGAAGAGGUGUUUUCCGACGAUACAUUCGUGUUGGAGAUUUGUCGAAAAAGGAAGAGACCCGAUGAAGAAGACGAAGAACAAGAAGAAGUUGUGGAGGAAGACAACGACGGAUUUAGAACACCGACUCGACCGGAGAAUAGAAUCCCUGCGGUCAGAGAAUGUCCAGGGGCACCGAAGAGACGCGAAACUGAAUAUUCGGUGAUGCUCAGAGGUAAAACAAUGCCGUGCCGGAGACGGUUGAGUUUCUCGCCGGGAGGUACCGUCAGCUCGUUUAUAACGGAUUCGCAGUGGAGGACGACGACAAUGACGACGAUCAAGAAAUAA